CUUCAUAGAAGAGUAGGUCAGGUCAGGUCAGCUCUCACUCCUAGACAGACUCGGUAUCAGUACGUACAGUAUAGAAAAAACCAUCACCGGAAAAUCCCUCUGGAUAAGUCGUUUCCGGGUCUUCCACCGUCGUCACUGGAACCUCCUCCGGCAGAUGAAUUGCUACCAGAUAUGACACCGUCACAGUCAGGGCUGAUAGGAGGGGCAGUGGUAGGAGGGUUUGUUCUGCUUGGUGUUUUGAGGUACUGCAUCAUUUGGUAUAGGAGAAGGAAGGUAGACAAUCAAAUUCCGUCUAAAUCUGAGGAUGGAAUUUCACGACCAAAACCACAACCAGGUGAUCCUACUCCAACACCAUCAACUGGCCAUCCUAUAGCUCUUUCUCAAAGUAUAUUUUCAUAUGAAGAAUUAGCCAUGGCAACUAAUGGUUUCUCCGAGAACAACUUUAUUGGUCAAGGUGGUUUUGGUUAUGUCCAUAAAGGGGUACUUCCAAAUAAGAAAGUGGUUGCAGUUAAACAGCUGAAAUUGGACAGUAAACAGGGAGAGCGUGAGUUUAGGGCAGAAGUUGAGGUCAUUAGUCGUAUCCAUCACAAACACCUUGUUUCAUUGGUUGGAUAUUGCAUUUCUGGGGAACAAAGAUUGCUUGUUUAUGAGUUUGUCCCAAAUGGUAACUUGGAAUAUCAUCUGCAUGGAUUGGAGAGUCCAACUAUGAAUUGGCCAACUAGGCUAAAAAUAGCUAUAGGCUCUGCAAAAGGAUUGGCAUAUCUGCUUGAGGACUGUCAGCCCAAGAUCAUACACCGUGACAUCAAGGCAGCUAAUAUUCUUCUUGAUUCUAAUUUUGACGCAACGGUUUCAGAUUUCGGGCUUGCUAAGUUUCUACUAGAUAUUAUGACUCACAUCACAACUCGGGUAAUGGGAACUUUUGGUUACUUGGCUCCGGAGUAUGCCAGUAGUGGACAGCUCACUGAUAAGUCAGAUGUCUUCUCUUUUGGGGUUGUGCUUUUGGAGUUGAUUACUGGACUCCGGCCUUUCGAUAAAACUCAAUCCUUCCCUAAUGAUAGCCUGGUUGAGUGGGGAAGGCCUUUGCUCGCGCACGCUUUAAAACAUGGCAACUUUGAAGCUGUUGUUGAUCCAAGGUUGCAGAAUGAUUAUGAACCUACUGAAUUGACUCGAAUGGUUGCUUGUGCUGCUGCUUGCAUCCGUCAUAUGGCCCGGUCUAGGCCAAGAAUGAGCCAGAUAGUUAGAGCUUUGGAAGGUUAUCAUUCUCUGGAUGAUCUAAAUGAGGAAAUCUCCCUUGGGACAGCUGGAAACAUAGAUUAUGAUAAUGAUCAAUAUAAGGACUUAAAGAAAUUCAGAAAGAUGGUACCAAUAAGCCACGACCAAGGCUCUAGUGAAUGCAGCGGACCUAGCAACGACUCAGCUUUGCACCAAUCUGUCUCAAGCAGUGAAAGCUAA